CAACAAAGUUUGCUUCAUGAGUAAUUGAAGUCCUUUACACAAAGCGUCUCUGCUCCUCCAGGCGAUCUGGGAAAGGGUAUAAAAACCCUCUCUGCGCAAGGCUUUUCUCACUGCUUCUCUUGACUUGUUCUCUCCGGUACGCUGAGCAGUCCCCUGCCACGGCCAGGCGAUGGCUUCCGAGCAGCUGGCAUGUACCAAUCCCUGUGAGGCCAAGUGUCCCCAGCCCCUGGCCACCAGCAGCAACGAGCCUUGCGUCGUGACCUGCGGUGACUCCCGGGUGAUUAUCUACCCACCACCCGUUGUCGUCACCUUCCCAGGACCCAUCCUCACCACCUACCCACAGCAAACCGUCGUGGGAGCCUCAGAGCCCUCCGAGGUCAACCUAGCAGAGUCUCCUGCCGUAGCACCUCUGCCAGCGGAGGUGACAGGGAGGCUGGAGGCAGCAGCUGAGAAAUUUACCCCCCAGGUCAUUGCCCGACCUGAGCCACGGUGUGCUCCAAAGUACUCCUACACCUAUUCUUCCCAAUGGACACAUCCAUGUAAUUCAUAUCGCUCUGGGAAACGGUGGACGUACUAAGCUCAGCUCUGGGGUGUGUAGAGCAAUUUAAAGAAGCAGCAAAGGAAAUUUGAGAUGCAGAUUGGGGUGGAGCUCCCAGGCACCAGCCCCAGAGCUGGGUGUUGUCUGGCUCCAGCUGGAAAGAAUGAGAGCUACAAACACUCAGCACCUGUGUAAAGGCAGGCUCGCGUGUGCAUUUUCUCAUUUUACCUUUAGUUUAGAUUUGUUAUCCUCUGGCUUUCCAGUUUAGUCAUCUGCUUCAGUUGUGCUUUGUCUUAUUUCAGUUAUAUUAAUGACAGUGAUCAUAGAGAGGUGACUUAGGAUGCUAGAAACUGCACACAGCAACUGUGCCAAAGGCGAAAAAACCAUGUUUUUUACAGACUGCCUCCCUUUGACACUAGUGAUAGGCCAGAGCCUCCCUGAACCCCUGGAAAGAUGGUCUUUAUAUUGUGUAAUUCCAGAACUGUAGAAAAGCUGUCUCUUUCCAAAUAAAUUUUCUGUAUCAAAGC